AUGUCCUUCCUACCGACCCAGAUCUUCGAGGAAGGCACCACGGAGGAAAAGGGCGAGAAUGCUCGUCUCGCUGCCUUUGUCGGUGCCAUUGCCGUAGGCGACUUGGUGAAGAGCACCCUGGGCCCCAAGGGUAUGGACAAGAUUCUGCAAUCGGCUUCUACGGGCGAAAUCAUGGUCACCAAUGACGGCGCCACGAUUCUCAAGUCGAUAGCUCUGGACAAUGCGGCCGCCAAGGUCCUUGUCAAUAUCUCCAAAGUCCAGGAUGAUGAAGUUGGCGACGGUACGACUUCGGUGGCAGUUUUGGCAGCCGAGCUGCUCAGGGAGGCCGAGAAGCUCGUUGACAAGAAGAUUCACCCUCAAACAAUCAUCGAAGGCUAUCGCAUAGCUAGUCGUGCCGCCUUGAAGGCACUCGAGGAGUCUGCUGUCGACCACAGCAAGAGCCCCGAGGCUUUCCGCAAGGAUCUUUUGUCGAUUGCCCGCACAACUCUGAGCUCCAAGGUCCUGGCUCAGGACCGGGAUCAUUUCGCGACUCUUGCUUGCGAUGCCGUGCUCCGAUUGAAAAAAUCAUCCGACCUGAGCCACAUACAAAUCAUCAAGAAGGCCGGCGGUAAGCUGUCCGAGUCCUACCUCGACGAAGGCUUCAUCCUGGACAAGAAGAUUGGCGUCAACCAACCCAAAAGGCUGGAAAAGGCCAAGAUCUUGGUGGCCAAUACGUCCAUGGACACCGACAAGGUCAAGAUCUUUGGCGCGAGGAUGAAGGUCGGGGCCACUAGCAAGCUCGCGGAGCUGGAGAAGGCUGAAAAGGACAAGAUGAAGGCCAAGGUGGACAAGAUAAAGUCCCACGGCAUCAACUGCUUCAUCAACCGUCAGCUCAUCUACAACUGGCCUGAGCAGCUGUUCACCGACGCCGGCAUCAUGUCCAUCGAGCACGCCGACUUUGACGGCAUCGAACGACUGGCCCUGGUCACCGGCGGCGAGAUCACAUCGACGUUUGACCAUCCGGAACAGGUCAAGCUUGGACACUGCGACGUGAUAGAGGAGGUCAUUAUCGGCGAGGACACGUUGAUCAAGUUUUCCGGAGUCUCCGCCGGAGAGGCGUGCACCAUUGUGUUGCGGGGAGCCACGGAGCAGCUGUUGGAUGAAGCCGAGCGCAGUCUGCACGACGCCUUGGCUGUCUUGUCGCAGACGGUGCUAGAGCCCAGAACGACGCUCGGCGGCGGGUGUGCCGAGAUGGUCAUGGCCAAGGCCGUCGAGGGUGCCGGCACACGCGUCGAGGGGAAGAAGCAGCUGGCGGUAGCUAGUUUUGCCACUGCGCUGCGCCAGCUGCCCACCAUUCUCGCAGACAACGCCGGUCUAGACUCGAGCGACCUCGUUUCAAGACUUCGAAAGGCUAUAUACGACGGCCUGACGACGUACGGACUUGACCUAAUGACUCCUGGCGGCGGCAUCGAAGACAUGCGAGACUUUGGUGUUAUUGAAAGCUACAAGCUGAAGCGAGCGGUCGUAUCAUCUGCUAGCGAAGCAGCCGAGCUUCUCCUCCGAGUAGACGACAUUAUCCGAGCUGCGCCACGCCGGCGUGAACGCAUGUAA